CCUCCCUUUACCCUUUCCAUUCCACCGCUACUUUUACUUUCGAUUCACUUCCCCCACCCAUUUUCCUUUCCUCGUCGCCGAUCGCAAUCGGGAAUCGUCCCGGAUAUGCACAAGAGCCGGCUCCAGGAGCUCUGCCAGCGCCAGCAAUGGUCGCUUCCGGAGUACGCCACCUCACAUGACGGCCCUGCCCACAAUUUCCGCUUUAGCGCUACCGUCACCGUCAACGGCUCCUCGUUCCACUCCCCCGAUCUCUCCCGGACAUCCAAGGAAGCUCAGAACAAGGCCGCGCUGGUCGCUUUCGAGCAGCUCUCUGACGUGGUCCCGCAGUCGCCGCCCGUGGACUUACCACCGCCUCCAACCCCUGCACCGGCCCUUCCUAUAGAUCUUGGUUUCCGUUGUGUAUAGCUAGCAUAGCAUAGAGAGGCAUCUUCUAGUUUAGUGGCUUAAAAUUGACUGAGUAUGUAAAUUAGCUAUAACUUUCAGGCAUCAUGUUUGCUUUCAUUUUAUCGAUAAUUUGCUUAAUUC